GCCCGUUGUAUAUCACUGUUUGCCAACAAUGAGCGGAUGGUUCAGCAAACCCGAUCCCAAAGCACAGGCACGCGAAAACACCAAGAAUAUCCGACGAGCUAAUCGAGAACUCGAGACUGAUCGCCGCGCUCUUGAACGAAGAGAGAAAGAACUGGAGGCAGAGAUCAAGAAGCUAGCAAAACAAGGCCAGAAAGACGCAUGUGCUGUACUUGCAAAACAGCUUGUUCAGCUACGUCAUCAGAAGACAAAGAGUGUGGCGAUGAGUUCGAAAUUGACAGGAAUCGGAGCGCAGAAUCAUAACCUGCAAAGUAUGAACAAAAUGGCUGUGGUCAUGGGUACCACCGUGAACACGAUGAAAACUAUGGAAAAACAGAUGCCAACCGAACAACUAGCGAAGAAUAUGCGAGAGUUCCAGAUGGCUCAAGAACGGCUUGGAAUUACUGAUGAUAUGAUGAAUGACGCUUUGGACAACAUCCUGGAUGAGCCUGGCGACGAAGAGGAGCAAAACGCCAUUGUCAACCAAGUUCUUGACGAGAUCGGCAUCGAAUCUCAAAGCAAGCUUGCCAACGUCCCCAAAGUCCCUACAUCUGUUGGAAAUGCAACUUCGAAACCUAUGUCAGAUCAAGACAUAGAAAGUAUGCUGGCACAAUUGAGAGGGUAAAGCAUAAUGGCCGUAUUUUAUGUCACUCACGUUUUAUUACUUGUACAUAAUCUUCCUCGUCACCAGAGCCCUUAUAUGAAUCGUACACUACCAGUUGUUCUAUUGUCAACGACAAAGCCAUCUGAGCAGACGGUUCACUGGUUUUACUUCUUCUGUGUAUAUUUGUAACAAUUUUCCUCACUCUAAUAAACUUGGUGAACACCACACUAUGUGGACAUGGACAAAUAAGAGUUUUA